UUAUUGGAAGCAAGAAGGAAAAAGUGGUCUUACAAAACCCCUCAAAUCCCUCGCCCAAAUUCAUUCUCGAAGUCAAUCGGCAAAAUCUAGAGCCUAAUUCAAUUUCACGGCGAAGAUUUUCAGGCACUAAACUUAUCGAAAUCCCUAUUUAUCGGUUGUCGGAUCGAUUCAAUUUUGAUGUAUCAUCAAGACACCGAUUGGGCGAUCGACGCCGCGGCGGCGGUAGCGGCGGAGUCUACGUGGUCGAGAUAUGAAGACAAGUUGUUUGAGGAUGCUUUGGUGAUGUAUCCGGACGACGUCGUUGGACGGUGGCAGAAGAUCGCUGAUGCCGUUCCAGGUAAGACGGCGGAGCAGGUGAGAGCUCACUACGAGGUGUUGGUCCACGAUUUGCUUCAGAUUGAUUCCGGUCAAGUUGAGUUACCGAGUUAUGCUGACGACGAUGGUGACGAGUCGUUUCUGAGUUGGGAUCCUGAGUUGCGAGCGAGUCAGAUCUCGUUUGGAAUGGGGAAAGGAUCUAAACAUGGUGAUGGUGAAAGGAAGAAGGGGACUCCAUGGACGGAAGAAGAACAUAGGUUAUUUCUGAUCGGAUUGCAAAGGUACGGCAAGGGCGAUUGGCGGAGCAUUUCGAGAAACGUGGUGGUUUCAAGGACGCCGACGCAAGUCGCCAGUCACGCCCAAAAGUAUUUCCUCCGGCAGAAUUCGAUGAAGAAAGAGAGGAAGAGAUCAAGCAUCCAUGACAUCACCACCACGGCGGAGACCAUGGCGGUGCCGCCACCUCCACCUACCAAUUUCCACGGAGGAGCAACACCACCACUGGGGUAUGAACGUCAACAAAAUUUUGGGUACCCUAUGUAGACUAUAAAAUUACAAAAUUGCCCCUAGAUUUCUGUGUGUAUAUAUAUAAAUAUCUUUAUAGAUUAUAGAAUUAGGAAAAAAAAUUACCCACCCACCAUAAUUUGUAUAGUUUUUGUUUUCUUUUGAAGAUAUAUGAUAAGAGGCUUACUUUUAAGGGUUUGCGUUUUCAAA